AUUUUUAAAAUGAUAUAACUUAGAGGAAAAUAAAUGUUAAACAAUAAAUCAGAUAAAAACUUGAAAUUCAAUGUAUAGAUUUGAGACUAUAUUUUUUGUAUAUUAUAAAAAAAAAUAAUUGUUUAAAAAGUUAUCAUCGCAUAAAAUAAUUUUUAGGACUUGUAUUUCUUUAGGGUUGAGCCGUUCGUGAGUCUAUUUGUUCCGUCGGUUCUUUUUGUUUUAUGUUUUAUGUUUCAGUGUGACCGUUUUUGCGUUGAAGAUGGAAAGUGAGAAUCCAGCUCCAAACUCUGCCGCAGAUCAGCUUCCAGAAGCAGAAUCAUUGCCGGAUGGUUUCGUAGGGGACAGCUCAAGUACUGACCCAAUGGCUCCGAACACACCACAACCUGAGCAGGAAAAACUGGCUGAUUAUAAGGAGGAAAAUUUAGUUGAUCCCGAGUUAAAUGCAUACGAAGAUUGUGACGAUUCACAUGCCAAUGUGAAAUGUCUGAACAUGGAGAACUCUGGAGGAGAUCCGACCCAAAACAUUUCAGCUAUUAAGGAGACAUCAUUACCAGAAAGUGUUGAAAACAAAAAAGUAGAAGCCCCUGAAACCAAACGGAAGACCAUAAAACGUACCUUUAAGUCUGAAAAAGAGUUUCUGGAAUUCACUUUGAAGUAUCAGCAGGUUCUUGCAGAAAGAGAUUCAGCUAUUGCUGUUCGGGAUAAACUGGAGUCAUUAUGCCGUGAGUUGCAGCGUCAGAACAAAGUUUUACUGGAUGAAUGCAAACGGGUAUCAUCCGAGGGUCAAAAUCUGAGGCUGGAUUUAUCGGACAAGUUUCAAGAUGCAAUUAAGGACGUAAGCAACAAGCUGGAAGAACAAAAAGAUGAAUGUCUGUUGCAAUUGAAGGAGAAUGAGAUGUUAAAGAGCAAGCUGAAGCAACUUGUAGAUCAGUAUACUCUCUCUGAACAGCAAUUUGCAAACAAGUUGAAGCAAAAGAGUCUUGAACUUCAGCUUGCUGAUUUGAAAAUUAAGCAACACGAGGAGCAAAUUAAGCAGGAACAGUCCCAAAUGAAAAUUUAUUCUAACCAAGUGUCACAAUUAUUGGCGACGGAGAAGAACUUGCGGUUACAGUUGACAGCCGAUGGAGAAAAGUUCAAGCAGUUCCAGGAAGCUUUGCUGAAGAGCAAUGAGGUUUUUGAAACGUUAAAGCAAGAUAUUGAGAAGAUGGCAAAAUCAAUAAAAGAACUCAAGAAGGAGAAUGCUUUCUUGAAGGGCAAAUGUGACAAGUCAGAUGUUACUCUUAUAGAGCUCGCUGAGGAGCGUGAAUUCUUGAAGAGACAGUUGGAGAAAACAAAGAACCAGAAAGAGAGGCUUGAAGCAUUGUGUAGAUCGCUUCAAGCAGAAAGGAAAGCACAUUCAGUAGCUUCCAAUGACUCAGAUUCAAUUUAAAGCUUGAAGAUUCUGUAAAUUAAAUCAUACCAUGAAGGAUUUUUGGCUGCACAUAAUGAAUCAAGAAAUGAUCCGUCUUAUUUACUCUUUUGUUUGUGCUGCAGUUUUAUUCUUGCUACUAUUUCUAUUUUUUUGGUAGGGGACAAAGAUCAAUAUGUUACCAUUAACUAGGUGCCAAGUGCCAAGUGCCAAGUGCCAAGUGCCAAUAGAUUAGCCGGAACCAUCUUGUAGGAAAAUGUAGUCUUCCUUGAUGUACUGAGGCUUGAGCAGCGUAUGAAGAAUGAAUCAGUUUCUUCUCUUGGCUCA